CGGAUCCCUUUAAAAUGGCAAGCAGCUAUGAUCAGGCUGCCUGCGUUCUCUGUCAGCGGGUGGUAUAGCCUCCAGACUGUGUGGGCGCAGUUGAAAAGUUUCUUAUAAAAGCGAUGAUUCCGGAGUCUCGUAUUACGCGCGUCCCCCCCCUCUGUAACAAUUGUUUCUUACUACGAUUCCUUCCACCUACUCCGUUUCUCCUUCGUAGUAUUUCUUCGAAAAGCUCCCGUCACUAAAGGAAAUCUGGUCUAUGGUUUUGGCUGAAGAAGGUUCCACGAUGUCUCGGACUGACGAAGUACACCGUAUAACGGAGAAUGUCUAUAAGUCCAUUAUGGAGCAAUUCAACCCGUGCUUGCGGAACUUCGUGGCCAUGGGGAAGAGUUACGAGAAGGCCCUAUCCAGUGUCACAUUUGCUGCAAAGGGCUACUUCGAGGCACUGGUGAGGAUGGGAGAGAUGGCCAGCGAAAGUCAAGGCUCUAAGGAUCUUGAAGAGGCAGCAUGGGAUGUGCUGUUUCAGAUGGCUGAGGUCCACAGGCAGAUCCAGAUACAGCUUGAAGAUAUGCUGAAGUCGUUCCACAAUGAGCUUCUAACCGAGCUGGAGAAGAAGGUGGAGCUGGAUGCACGCUACCUGAAUGCGGCUCUGAAGAAGUACCAGAUGGAGCACAAGAGUAAAGGAGAGAGUCUGGAGAAGUGUCAGGCAGAACUGAAGAAGCUCCGCAGGAAGAGCCAGGGCAGCAAGAACCCUUCCAAGUACGGAGACAAGGAGAUGCAGUAUGUUGAGACCAUUGGCAGCAAGCAGAGUGACCUGGACCAGUACACAGCAGAGGGCUACAAGAGUGCGCUGUCAGAGGAGAGGAGGAGGUACUGUUUCCUGGUGGACAGACAGUGUGCCGUGGCCAAGAACAGCAGUUCCUUCCAUAGCAAGGGUAAGGACCUGCUAGCCCAGAAGAUCCCAGCAUGGCAGCAGGCGUGUGCUGACCCUACCAAGCUGCCUGACCGUGCCAUGCUCCUGGCUCAGCAGAUGACCUCUACAGGGGGUUCCCUGGGAUCCGUCUCCCACACCCACCAUGGUUCAAAGGGCAACCUGCUCAUCUCUGACCCCAUUCCCGGGGCCAAACCCCUGCCUGUACCCCCCGAGCUGGCUGCCCUCAUGGGCCAACAGCGUAUAAUGGGACCAGGAGGAGUGGAUGGAGGGAUGCCCAUGAUGAAUGGAACGACAGGGGCCCACGGAGGAGCAGGAGGGGGAGGAGGGGAGGACUACCAACACUGGAUGGAAGGGAAGAUGGCUCAGGCCCAGGCCCAGGCUCAGGCUCAGGCCCAAGCUCAGGCCCAAGCUCAGGCCCAAGCUCAGGCCCAAGCUCAGGCCCAGCAGGCUCAGGCCUCCUCCCAGGCCCAGCACCUUUCCCAGCCCCACAGACAGGGCAGUGAGGUCUACUCCAACACCCUGCCUGUCCGUAAGAACGCCCCAGCCAAGAGCAACACCACCAUGGUUCCAGAGACCCGGACCCUGCCCCGGUCCAGCUCCAUGGCUGUAGGGCUGGAGAAGAACGGACGCACCCGUGUCCAGGCCGUUUUCUCCCAUGCAGCGGGGGACAACAGCACCUUGCUCAGCUUCUCUGAAGGAGAUGUCAUCACCCUGUUGGUGCCGGAGGCCCGCGACGGAUGGCACUAUGGAGAGAACGAAAAGAACAACAUGCGUGGCUGGUUCCCUUUCUCCUACACACGUGUCAUCCCCGAGACUGACAGCAACAAACUACGAGUCAACAAUCUCCACCAUGGUAAGAGCAGCAGCACGGGGAACCUGUUGGAGAGAGAGGACAUGGCAGGUGUCCCUCCCCCAGACUACGGCAUGUCAUCUCGCCUGCUGGCACAGAGCAUGCAGAGCGCAGCCAUGGCACACAGCAGCAGACGGCAACAACGGCCAUAUAGCGUGGCAGGGCCGGGCUUCUCACAGCAAGGACUUGAACAGUAUGAGCAAUGUUUUCCUAAGAGUUCUGAAGGGGGAACAGUUACGAAAUUGAUUUCGACAGUGUGAGAAGGCACAGACAGACAGACAGACACAGACUCGGCUUGCUGCUGCUGCAAUAAGACUUACUGACUGCCAGGCACCUCUGCAAUCCCUCAUCAUCCGCCCUCCUCACCAGUCCCUCUAACCCUCACCCCUCCUCUCUCUAACCCACCACAACAUUCCCCUCUCCUCCGGCGCUUACCAGUCUACCCCCCCCCCCAAUUCCACCAGGGGAAAGCCUUGUCUACCCCCCCCCAAUUCCACCAAGGAAUUGUCUAUCCUCUAUCUUCCGUUCCUUCCUGCCUCUCUCACCUGGUACUUUCACACUACUGGGAAGUUCCCAGUACCCACCGCUAUUGGACCGACACCAUCAUGGCACCAUCCAAAUCAUUGGAAUGAUGGACUGAGGAUGAAAAUAAGGAAAAUCUUUUGCUUGUCUUUCAUGCAUGUCUUCUCUAUUCAAUGGGGAUUUAUUUCUCUGUAAACAUAUAUAAUAAAAUAGUAAAAAAUAAUUGAAAAUAAAAAUCUUUAACAUUCUACACCAGAUUGAAGGUUGAAGUAUUUAUAAUAUCAUUGUAAAUCAAAAUGGUAAUCCCAAAGGGGAUUGUUUUAGUCAUGUACAGAUGAUGAUGAAUUAUCAAAACAAAUGUCAAGUCAAAACUAUACUGGGUCUUCUUCUUAUCCGUAAGAGAAUAACGUUACUUUAUAGACUGUGAGGUUCUUCUGAUAACGUCUUAACGUUCCUCUUCAAAUGACAGGGGUAUGUAUGUAUGUAUCACACGUAGUGAAAUAACUUAAAUAAAUGUAAAUGUUUUUGGUUUUUUUCUCAUUAUUAUAACUUAUUGGGGGGCAUCCGCCCAAUGAAUGGAUGACCAUGAAUGUGUACUGUACAUUAAUGUACCAUAAAGUAAAAUAUAUGAUUUAGUAUAUCUCUAUUGAUUAUCAGCGGAUCAAAACGCACCUUAAAGACCCAAUACUCUGUAUGAUUUGUGACGUUCUCUGUAAACAUGUUGUUGUUGUUGUUGUUAUUAUUAGCCACAGAGUCAUGUUUUAUGAUGUCAGAGGUCACCUGACAGGCUGUGUGAAGGACUUUUACUCUGAUAAUCAAAUGCUUGUGGAUUUCUGAAUAUCUUUUUUAUUUGUUUGUUUGUCUUUUUAAUAUAAAUAUACACAAGGCUGAACGGAGAAAACAACCGUCCCUGAAAGAAAGAGUUGCGAGGCUCUGAGUAGGAUUACUGUUCAGGCAUUCAUGCAUGAAAGAAGAAACGACUGAUAGCCUGUGCACCUCGGCCAUCCCACAACAAAGGUGCUACAUUUCAUGGUGUGGAAACCAUGUUGCCAAAGCAACAGCCUCUGUUCUCAUCCCCUCCAAUCAGUGCUGCCCGGAUGCCAUAAUUGUGACUACACCGUGCCUCUCUUGCUGUGCACACAAUAGGAAGAUGAGUUGUGACUAACAUUUAAUAAAUGUUUGCUAGCUAUAAACCAUUCAAUCUAACCGUUGCGUAAUUACCAUAUAUCACAGAAAUAAUUGGUCAUUCUGAUCUGCACACAUAUAGUGUAUGCAGAAAUGUUGGAGUGACUGAACGGAUGCCAACAGCACAACUGCAAAUUAUGGCAAUAAUUGGAUCAAUAGCCAUUUAGAGCGUUGUAAUAAAUAGCAUUUUGUCACAUGUCACUGUAACUCUUGCUAUUGUGACAUAUAUUUGCAGCACAUAUGAAAUGAACAACUGUGCGACCUCGGGGGGGAAAAAAAAAAAAGGACAGGAGUUGAUUUGUUAUUGUGACUUCAUUCAGCCUUCUUGUACUUUUGGUCUUUGUAUUAAAAUAAAGGGAAUGGGGGAAAAAGCAUGAUAUGUGAGGCAGGAUAAAACAUGUCUGUUUAUUUCCAUGUGCUGAAUAAAGAAAGACGCUAGUCUGUCUGCUUGUCUA